UUGGUGUCAGUUAGUUGGUGGCUAUAGAGUAUGUUCCUGAAACGAAAAUGCCGCAAAAGAUAUCGUCAACACCUGAGCAAAAGGAUGCGCUCGCCGCGAUGAGUCGUCAGCAGCGUUUGCUCGACACUUUGAUCAUCUUUCGUCGGAGUCUCGUCUAUCAGACGAAGGAGUUCUUUCAGAACUCAACGCUUCACGGUGUGCGCUAUAUUGCCGAAACCGGGCGACCAAUUGGCGAGAAAUUCAUGUGGUUCUGCUUCACAUCGAUUGGCGCUGUCACCGCUCUCGUUAUCAUCAUGAGUCUGUGGGAGAAGUUCCAAACGAAUCCCACCAUCACCGGUCUCGACACUGAUUUUCACAAUCAGAAUGUCGUUUUUCCCACCACCGUGGUGUGUCCCGAGGCCGCCUUCGAUCCCAACAAAUCCUACAAUGAGGUCUACAAAACAGUCGCUAAUUAUGAUGCUGACAAAGCUUUGGUUUAUGCACCAUUUUUGGAUCUGCUCACUUCGCUGAAUUUCGACAACAUUCGAGAUGCGGAACUGUUGGCCAAAUCCAUACCAGCGGAUCUCCUCGCGGAGAGCACAAUUCGCGAAUGGGCGUUUCGUUCACAAAUCUCAUGCGAGAACACGCUUAUCUCAUGCAAGUAUCGCGACGAAGACAUCGUCUGCUGCGAUCACUUUGAACCCAUCUACACGGAGCACGGCUUCUGCUAUGCCUUCAACAGUCGCUUCAAGUCCACGGCCAGAGAGGACGUUAAAACUGGCUCACCACAUGAUCUCUAUGAGACGGACAAGAAGUGGGCGUUAUUCUUCUUGCCCAACAGCACAACGCAGAUAUUUAUAUUCUCGAAUGAAGAAUACUUUGGCGCCGAUUUCAAUGCGCAAAUCGAUUGGUCCGAGGAUCAGCUGGUGGAGGUGCGCAUCUCCAAGAAGAACACCUACACCACAGACGAUGCGCGUCAGCUGUCGAUUGGUCAGCGCAAGUGCAUCUUCAGCGACGAGGUCAAGUUGCAAUAUUUCCCCGAUGCUUACACGUUUUCCUCCUGCAUGAAGCAAUGCCGCAUGGCCAAGGCCAUUAAGCUCUGCAAGUGCAAUCCGCCCUUCUACAAGCCCAUUAAUAAUGUACCCAUGUGUGCGGUCAAGGACUUUGGAUGCCUCAAUGACUACAAGCUGAACAUAACGAACAUCCGGGAUUGUCUGCAGUGUGAACUCAGCUGCUCCAAGACCGUUUUCAACAUUGAUAAGCUUAUGAAAAUCACUGAUCGUGCUGAGAUGCCGGGAGUGUUGGUGGAGUUCCUCACCUGGCCGAUUAUACGGUACAAGCGUGAGGUUCUUUUCGGCUGGGUGGAUUUGCUUGUAUCCUUUGGCGGUAUUGCCAGCUUAUUUCUCGGUUUCUCGCUGCUCUCCGGCGUGGAGAUCAUUUACUAUUUUACGCUUCGCGCCUGCUGCAUGGUCUACAAAAAUCGACAAGAACUAUAUGAGAUUGAGGAGCGUAUACGACAUGAGCCGCCACCGGCAAUUGAUCUACAGCUGAAGCUCAAAUCCCAUGUAAAUCCGCCGAACAGCGCUUCAAGCUCCUCAUCGGCUGUGCUGCAAGUGAAGCCUGUCGAGGGGGACAAGGAUGCGGAUCUUGGUCAUUUGGCGCGACAGCGUCGAGUCGAGAAAGGUUACAUGAACUACUCGAAGGGCUUGUAUCGCACACCCAAGGUGCUGCCUCAUCAUGGCUACGAUAACUCCAAGGAUAAAUGGCAAUACGAUCACGGACAAUAUUUGCCAUAAGAAAAAAAGCGAAAAACUAUUUGCGGCAAGCCGCAUUUGAAAUACUUUUGCAGAGAAGUGGAUAUCUUAUGUUGCAUCAUGAUAUCGUUAAACUGAAGAGAGGACUUACUCUGCAGGGGUUUCUAUUAAUUAGCUUACCAUUUUUUUUUGUCCAUUAAAUACUCAAUAUAUUGAUAUGCUAUAUACGACGUGCACUGCUCGAUUGAAAUGAGCUGAAUAUAUAUACUUAAUACUACU